AUGCCAAUAGAAAGUGGAAGUUGUGCAUCUGCUCGCCAAGCAAAGCAGAAACGCAAAUCGCACAGCCUUUCCAUCCGACGAACCAACAGUUCCGAGCAGGAACGGGCAGGACUGCAGAGAGACAUGCUGGAAGGGCAGGAUUCUAAACUACCAUCUUCUGUCCGGAAUACACUCCUUGAACUUUUUGGACAAAUAGAGCGGGAGUUUGAAAACCUAUAUAUUGAAAACUUAGAAUUACGUAGAGAGAUUGAUACACUGAAUGAGCGUUUAGCAGGUGAAGGACAGACAGUUGAUGGAGCUGAACUGAGCAAAGGACAACUGAAAACUAAAGCCAGUCAUAGUACCAGUCAGCUUUCUCAGAAAUUAAAGACAACUUACAAGGCAUCUACUAGCAAGAUUGUAUCCAGUUUUAAAACUACAACAUCAAGGGCAAUCUGUCAACUGGUAAAGGAGUACGUUGGCCACAGGGAUGGUAUUUGGGAUGUCAGCGUCGCGAAAACUCAGCCAGUGGUGUUGGGAACUGCAUCUGCUGAUCACACUGCUUUGUUGUGGAGCAUAGAAACGGGGAAGUGCCUCGUCAAGUAUGUAGGGCAUGUCGGAUCAGUAAAUUCCAUAAAGUUUCAUCCAACUGAGCAAGUGGCUCUUACAGCAUCUGGAGACCAGACAGCUCACAUCUGGAGAUACAUGGUACAGUUGCCUGCACCUCAGCCAACUGCAGACUGCAAUCAAAUAUCUGGAGAAGAUGAGGUCGAGAUCUCCGAUAAAGAUGAACCGGAUGGAGAUGGAGAUGGUUCCAGUGACUGUCCCACUGUCAGAGGCCCAUUGACUUCCCUCAAAAGCCAUCAAGGAGUGGUCAUAGCAGCCGACUGGCUUGUUGGGGGGAAGCAAGCUGUGACAGCAUCGUGGGAUAGGACAGCAAAUCUGUAUGAUGUAGAGACUUCCGAGCUUGUCCAUUCUCUUACAGGGCAUGACCAAGAGCUAACUCAUUGUUGUACACAUCCCACCCAGCGUCUUGUGGUGACAUCAUCACGCGAUACAACGUUCCGUCUGUGGGAUUUCAGAGAUCCUUCUAUCCAUUCUGUGAAUGUCUUUCAGGGCCACACAGAGUAAGUGACAAGUUCCUUCACAG